AAGACUGCAUACCAAAGCAUGUAAAGCCAUCAAGACAAUGCUUUUAAAACACAAACGCCAUCAAAAUUACCUUAAAAUCCUUUCUAGCUUGUGAACUGCAUUUUAGGUAGAGUCACAUAAGCUUCUAGCACCACUGAAUUUGAUUCAACAAAAAUGCUCCAUUGUUAUUUUAUAUUAUUUACAAUGAACACAAAAUUGUGCACGGUCAAAUGUCAUUAUCAAUGGUGACAGUUCAUGAAUUUUCCCUUGUGGGACUCGAACCCAAAAACUACAAAGUGAAAAGGGCGUUUCUGGAUGCUUUGAUCAAGGGCAUCGCUUAUGAAUCUCCCCAUCUGGGAUUCGAACCUGCAUACCUUUGAUUAACAACACAGUUGCACAGUGACAUGCAGGGAGGGGUAGUUUCUGGAUGCACCAUAAACAUUCAGCCUGAGUGACGUCUCUCUGCUCAUCCGUGUGUUUUCGCAUCGCGCGCCUGUUUUGCAUGUGCAUCAUUUUUUCGAGUGAGUUCUGCAUCCUCUGUUUGCAAGUAGGGAAAGUGAAAGUGGCAUUCAGAAUAUGUCUGUGAAAAUACAACUACCUUUGACCGUGACCGUUUAGUUGUUGCAUCACCGAUAGAUUAGGCGCGUACAUCUCCACUCUCGUUCGUUAUAACUAUAAAUAUAUAACUAUAGUUGUCGAUUAUUAUUAUUUAGAGUUAUUGAUUAUUCUGGGCGCGAUCAUGUCAGAGGUGUUGCCUUAUGAGGAGAACAUCACUCAUUAUGGUGAUGAUGGAGAUGAGGAGCAGAUAUCGCUCACCUGUCGCCUGCAGAACAACACUAAUAACUUCUUUGGUUCGGCGCAGAACAAACGACCGCCAAAACUCGGACAGAUUGGACGAAGUAAGAGAGUUGUCAUAGAAGAUGACAGAAUCGAUGAAGUUCUGAAUAACACAGCAGAGAAGACAUCGGCAGGAGUGUAAUGCUCAAGGACGUUGUUAAAGAGGCAGAAAAGCGCGGGUUAUAUGCAUUCUGCAUCAAAAGCACUUUGCAGUCCCUCUCAGUAUGGGUUGAAUUUCACGGUACCGCAGCAGGUGAGGAGAAGUCCAUGCUGCAGGCAAUCCAAAUAGAGAAAGAAACCUGCUUUCUCUUUUUAAGGGCAUGUUUAAUCUCCCCUCUUUUAAAGUGACAUCUUACUCCGGACAUAAAUGUCCUAUGUUGUUUAAUACAUGUGGAGUUGGUCUGUAGUGGUCACGAUUCCAUUAAUAUUGUGAGAGGAAUGCAUUGAUUUCACAAGCACAAAUUUAACAACUUUUGUUCUUUAUUUUGCUCUGAGACUGAGCACUUGGUUUUUCUGUAUAUUUUGUGUGCAAUGAAAGUGAGACUUGAUGUUUUUCACUUUAAAUAUCCUAAUUAUAAUCUUUUGGAUACCAUUUUUGUUCCUGAAGAGCUGAUGAACACAGCAAAUGAUUUUUAUGAUGAUGAACGAGGAAAGACUACUUUUUAAGUCAUUUUUUAAUGUUGCAUAUUGUAAGUUUUGAUGUGGCUGCAAAACUGCCUGCUUUAGCCUGAGGUAAAAAGCUUAUUUUUAUAUCAAGGAGCUAUUUCUAUAGUCGUAGCACUUUCAAAUGUGGUUGUCAGUACUCUCAGCUGAAUGGAAUAUGAUCACGUUUGUGCCAAAUAUCUAAUAUAUAUUGUGCAAAAUAUGCCAGUCAACUUGUGUUUCUGUUUACCCAAGUAAUGUGAAGUUUUUCAGGCCUGCCUCUCAUAAAUGUUCCAGGGUUUUUCUAACAGCUUUUUGCAUGAGAUGGGCACAAACGCCUCUUUCUUUGGCAGUGAAACUGGAAUAUUGUAUAUGUUGCACUUCUCUAUACUGUUAAACAGGGCUAUAUCUGCAAUGAAAUGUAUGAACAUUAAAAUGUGACUACUUAACAAAG